UUCGAUGGUGGUGACAUACUAGGUACUGAAGUUCCAAAGACCCAAGAAAAUGAAGUAAUGUACUGCAUCAACCUAAACGAUGAUCCACGUCCUUCGAAUGAGUUUUCUCAUAAUACGAUUGGAGUCAAUAUUGGAAGAUAUCAACAAAGUUGGAGACAUGGGAGUAGUUCACAUUCUAGUGGCAGACGAGAGAGUAGUUUGCAUAGAUCCGGUGGAAGCUCAUGAACUAACGUUGGAAGUGGUUCACGAGGAAGUCCUCGAAAAUAAUCAUUUGAGACAACCAUACAAGACACUAUUACUAGUUUUAGAGAAUUUCAAAGACAAAGUGAUAGAACCCAGGACCUGGACCAGGACGUGGAGCAGACUCAGCAUGGUGACCAAGACGAUCAAAUCAGUCCAACUGAGGUUCAGCCAUUCAGCCGUACCAGAUCAACGGACAGAGCCGUGUACCGGAUCGACCCGCGUGCACCCGGACGUGACCUAAGGAUGGAUCCACGACCUGAUGACCGAAUCAGCCAAACCACAGGCGUUCUUCCCCGACCCAUUCGCCAUUCUAGAGCAAACAGUCAAGCCAGAACCCAUGAUCAUCGAGAAGAAUCAGAUUCCGGACUUAGCCUAUCUUUCUUGGCCCGUUUGGGACGUACCGCACGCCCGGAUCAGGCUGAUCACGACCUUUCCAACCACUUUGAUGAUUUCAUGAUGAUCGAUGCUUCCAACUACUCCAAAGGAAGGAUACUUAAGCUCUCUGAAGAUUUGGGUCGAGCUAUCUCUUCAUCCGUUCAUGGAUCAUCGACGAUCAACCAUGCGGGCAGCCUUACGUCCGUCCUGCUCCUUACCGCGGACGACCUGAUCACCACAGAAUGAACCUGGACAUCUAGGGAUGUCAAAUGGGCUAGCUGUCCAUGGAUAGCCCAUGUCCAAAUUAAUAUGGACUAAUAUGGAUAGUCCAUAUUUGUCCGGAAAAAUGUAUGGCCAAAUAGAUGAGGCCCAAAUAAACCCAUAGCCCAAAUGGGCAAAACCAAAUGGACAUGGGCGGCCCAAAUCUUUAAAAUGUUUAGGGUUAAUCGAUUUGGGGAAAAAUCAAAAAAAAAUUUUCGUUAAUCACGAGAGAGAUCUCGAUCUUCUUUCACUUCAUCUUCUUCACUUCAUCGUCUUCACUCUCGUAACCCAAAUCUCUCUCUCUCGUAACCCGAUUUGUUUCAGGUUUGUUACAAUCUCUCUCUCUCUCUCAUUUGCUUUUGCGAUUCUCGUAACCCAAAUCUCUCUCUCUCUCUCAUUUGCUUUUGCGAUUCUCGUAACCCAAAAAUGGGUUUGCGAUUCUGGAGUUGAUGUUUGCGAUUCUAGAUUUGAUGGGUUAGAUAUUCUAGAUUUGAUGGGUUUGCGAUUCUAGAUUUGAUGGGUUUGCGAUUCUGGAUUCAAUGUUUGCGAUUCUAGAUUUGAUGGGUUUGCGAGCUCUUUAAGAGUUGUAGAGUUUGAUUCUAGACUUGUAGAGUCUUGCUUUCAUCGAUAGCUCUUAGUAUUCUGAGAUGAUGGAUUGAUGGAUUGUAUUUGUUAGCUGAAAGAGAUCACUAUUGCAUGAUGGGUUUGCGAUUCUAGAUAUGGGUUUGUCUUUGAAAUAAACGCUAAGCUUUGUUAUCAUCUUGUUUAUGCAGGCUUGUCACUCAGGCUUUGGAACCAAACGCUAAACUCACUGCUCCCACUCUAUCCUCUCUAAAUCAAGAUGGAUGAUGAAACUUUGAACCUAUAUGAUGAUGAUGAUGAUGACUAUUUGAGUGGUAAUGACAUGAUGGAUCCCAGUGAAGAUGGUCAUGAUUCUGUACAAGAUGAUUCUACAAAUGCGGCUGGGAAUAGAGUAAGGCGGAGACGUAAGCGGAGGCAUUCAAAGUGUUGGAAGCAUUUUGAAAUUGUAGGAGAUAAAUUGCCUGAUGGGACUACUAAAGUUAUCUGCAAGCAUUGUGAGUAUUCCUAUUUCAUAGAUCUAAGCAAUGGGACUAAUACUUUACUGCGUCAUAGUAGAGUUUGUUCAAAGAAUCCUGGAAGCACGCCUAGAAGUAGGAAGUUUGAUAUGAUGGUCUUCCGUGAGAUGAUUGCUGGUGCUAUUGUUGAGCACGAUCUUGCAUACUCAUUUGUUGAGUUUAGAAGAAUUCGAGAAGCUUUUGAGUAUGCGAAUCCUGGUAUUGAGUUUUGGUGCAGAAACACUGCUGUGUCUGAUGUUCGUAAGAUAUAUGAGAAUGAGAAAGCUGCUCUUAGGAAGGUUUUGAGUGAAGUUCCUGGGAGGAUCUGUUUUACUACGGAUUUGUGGAGGGCAAUCACUGUGGAGGGGUAUUUAUGUCUGACAGCUCAUUACGUUGAUAAUUGGAAGCUAAAGGCGAAGAUAUUGUCAUUCUGCGCUUUUCCCCCACCUCAUACUGGUUAUAGUAUUGCUAUGAAGGUGAUGGAGUUAGUGAAAGAAUGGGGAUUAGAGAAGAAAGUGUUUACAGUGACUGUCGACAAUGCUUCUUCAAACGACAAUAUGCAAGGGGUUCUAAAGACACAACUUCGCAGAGCUUUGGUGUGUAAUGGCGAGUUUCUACAUGUAAGAUGCGCAGCACACAUUCUGAACCUGAUUGUUCAAGACGGGUUGGCGGUGAUUAGUGAUGCCUUAGAGAAAAUCAGGGAAAGCGUGAAGUUUGUAAAGUCUUCAGAGUCAAGGGAGCAAAUGUUUCAGACCUGUGUUGAAACUGUUGGGAGCAAGAAAGAAGCUGGUCUUGUUCUGGAUGUGGCAACGAGGUGGAAUUCAACCUUUAAGAUGUUGUCUAGAGCUCUUCCAUUGAGAGAAGCGUUGCGUAAUCUCUCUGAAGUAGAUCCGAGCUACAAGUGCUUUCCAUCAGAAUUGGAGUGGUCCAGAGGAGCACUCAUCUGUAAGUUUUUGGCUCCAUUUGCUGAGAUGACAAACUUGGUAUCUGGCUCAUCAUAUCCGACUGCGAACCUAUACUUCAUGCAAGUCUGGAAAAUAGAGUGUUGGCUGAGAGCGAAUGAGACUUCAGAUGAUGAGACAAUUUGUCAAAUGGUGGAAACAAUGAAGCUGAAGUUUGACAAGUACUGGGAAGACUACAGUGAUAUACUUUCUAUUGCUGCGGUGUUGGAUCCAAGGUUGAAGUUCGCUUGCUUGGAGUAUUGUUAUGACACCUUAGAUCCAUUAACAAGCAAGGCGAAAGUCGAUCAUAUCCGAAAGAAGAUUAAAAAGUUGUAUGGAGUAUACAAGAAGGAUCCUAACAGCACUACUGCGAGCCCUUCAGAAGCUACAUUGGUUAACAGUAUACCAGCUGGAUAUGGGGACUUUUAUGCAUUCUUUUCUCAGAAUGCGGGAACAGGAAAAUCAGCUUUAGAUGUGUACUUGGCUGAACCGGUUUUAGAUAUGGCUGCCUUUAAGACUCUUGAUGUCUUGAGAUAUUGGAAAAACAAUGCAACACGGUUUAAAGAGCUGUCCCGCAUGGCGUGUGAUGUUCUUUCAAUUCCCAUUACAACCGUGUCUUCUGAGUCAUCAUUCAGUGCCGGAAGUCGUGUUCUUAGCAAGUAUAGGAGCCGACUUCUUCCAUCAAAUGUACAAGCUCUUAUUUGUGGAAGAAAUUGGCUGCGUGGAUUUGAAGUGACAAGUGAUUCUGACGAAGAAGAAGAAGAAGAAGAGAAGGAAGGUGAAGAGAAGGAAGGUGAAGAAGAAAGUGGAAGAAAGAAGAGAAGUAAGUGAAGACAUGGAGUUUAAGUUUAAGACUUUAUCUUUUGGCUUUUGUAAGAUAUGGAGUUUAAGUUUAAGACUUUAAGUAUCUUUUGUAAGAUAUGGAGUUUAAGUUUAAAACUUGAAGUAUCUUUUGUUAAAACAUGAAGUUUAAGUAAGUUCAAAAUGUUAUUUUGACA